ACUAUUGCGCACUUAGCCUGAAGCCAGAUGCGAGGUAUAAGGUGUGGCUAACAAAUCAAGACACUGUGCUGACAAAAGUAGACAACAUUUCUCUCAUAGCAUUCGAUACAAAGUAAAACAUAAACUUCUGUGUGAAUAUCUGCCAAAUUGGACAACACUGUAUGGUGUGUGGUUGAAAACACCCUAACUCCUGGAUAUGGCAGGGCUCUGUGGUCUCAAGAUCCUGCUGCUCUGGAUCGAGAUCAUCAGUUUAGCCAACUGUCAAGACAGUAGUGGUGAAACUGGAAAUGGAAAUGGACUAGAAAAUUCAAACCCCUCACCUCCACACACCACAGCAGUUUCCACUUCACCUUCGCUUUCCACUGUGUCUGUCAUCUCCUCACCUGCAAGCACGGCAGCAAAAUCUACUUCACCCUCAGUACCCAUUGUAUCUAUCACCCCCUCACCUCCACACACCAUGGCAGCAGCUCCUGCCAUGUCUUCAGACACUCCAACUGCUGCCGCCCAACCUCCACUCAUCUCAUCAGCCCCCACCUCAGUCUCCCCAAAUCAGACAAACAAUUCAACUACCAUGUCUGCCACUCCUACCACACACCCAAACAAAACCAACAUCCAAACAGACUCUGACAACAAGACCUCACCUGCAGUCACCCAGCUCAACACCACAGUGACUCCUACCACCCAAGCUCCUCCAACCACUUCAGGUCCACCUCCACAGUGUUCUUACACUGUAAAAUCCAUCAAGUUUGGCUUCCAGAUUAACAUUACAAGCUCUACGACUGGUAACUACAACAUAACCAUUAAUGAAGAAGGCCGACCAGAUACUGAAAACAAAUCCAUGGUUCAGCACUCCAGUCAAAAUUCAUCACAUGAAAUCAAACACCUGAAGCCCUGUACUGAAUAUAAGCACUCUGUGACAUUUCUUGAUACUAGUGCUGGCAGAGAAAACAUCCACUGUAACAGCACUGAAAAGGAUAACAAAACAACAAUUGGAAUGAGUGAAGACGACAUUGAAGAUGCCACCAGCUGCAUCCCUGCAUAUGUUUGUUACCAAACUGAUUGGGACAUCACCUCUUUACAAUCAACACCAAAUAAGAUUCAAGAUGAGCGAUGUGGCAGUAAAACACUCUGUGUCAAACCUGGUUACAAUGACAUUUGCUCUGAUUUUACUACAACUAUCACAUCAGAAACCUGUGUGAGCUCUUCCUUUAGCUUCACCAAAAGCAUCUCUAUUGAUUUCUUGAAUCCAAGUGAAAUAAAUCAGACUGUUCCCAAUAAAGUUCCUGUUGAAAUAAACACAAAAUUACCUCCAAACUGUAAAAGCCUCUCCAUUGAUUACAACUGUUGGGUGUUUAAACCUAAUCUAGAACCCAAAAGAUACUGUUCACCAGCUCUGAGUCACAAAUACCAGGUGCUGAAGAAAUGCUGUCAUCUUUCUGUCUCCUCAGAACAUGGCAGAGUCCGUGAGUCUAAGACUUUGUCUGAGCUGGAACCUUUCACAGACUACAGCUGUACUGGUGAGAUCAAGGACAACGAUGGCACCAUAAAAAAAACCACAGCUCCUGUUCAGUUUAACAUUCACUGUGAUCUCACAAUAAUCAACACACAGAACAGCACCAAUACAUCCAUUGAGUUAAGUUGGACCACAACCAGUCAGAAAUGUAAAGAUGUCCCUCAUCAUCUUCAGAAGCUUUCAUACAACUGCAUCUGUAGUGAUGUCUCCAAUCAGAAACACAAGAGUACAGCUGAAAAACAACCAUCAGGAGGAACAUGUAAUGUUACUGGACUGAAACCUUACACUGAUUACACCUGUGAAGUCCAACCCAUCUACAACAACAAGAUAGUUGCCCAGUCAAAUCCAGUGAAACAGAGAACUGAGAUUGGAAUACCAGACGCUAUUACUAAUAUACACAUGUGGUCACAUCCAUACUAUGAUCGGAUUGAAGUAAAUUGCGAAUAUAUCGGGAGCUUUAAUGGACCUAAGAAGAUAUACAUAGCACGACUUCAUGAUCGUAGUGGCACUCUGCUUGAGAGUGUUAACGACACACAGUGUCGCUUUGAAUUCAAAGAUCAGAGUGACCACAUAAACUACACAGUGCAGGUGACUGCUUUUAAUGGACACUUUGAGAGUGAGCCCAAAACGGAAAUUAUAACCACUCGCUCCAUCAUUUUAAAAGAUAGAGGCCCCCGACGUCCUCUGGUCAUCAUCAUUAUCAUCAUACUCAUCCUCAUCACAUCUGCAUUCUUGGUCUACAAGAUCUGUGUUCCAUGGCACAGAAAGUCCAAAAGUGAUGUGAAUGAAGAUCUGAUGUUUCAAUCAACAGCGAGUUAUGUUACUGUGCCUCAAUCUGCUCAUUGUCGCAAGAAGAACGCUAUGGGAGAACGGCCUGAUGGAGACACAUACCAAGUCAUCCUUUACUCCUAUUAAUUUGUACUGCACAGUAUAUAGGCCUGUUUACACUGGCAUGGUGGCAUGGCCAGUAUCGUUUAGAAGGACUGGCCUUUUUAAUCCCACAUAAAAUGCAAUUUAACACUUAUUUCAUGGAAAUACCUACAUCACAUUACAUCACAUUUGUUAACCUGCAACCUGGGCCUGGAUAAGCAACAUAAAAUGAAUCAACAGACCUAUUACAAAUUAGUUCAAGUUCAUCUUAAAAUAAAACAUUCCCAUUACGAGACAAUGAGACUAGCUACUGUAGCUAGCACAGAAUCCACUGUCCAACCAUUCCUGUUCCCGACAGCUUGUGGUCAGACUUUUGUAAAUGAAGGAUUUUUUUAAAUACUUUCUAAGGCCUUCUUUGAGGAAACUGAACUCACUGCUUUUUCAGACCUUUUGAAAACCUGUAGACACUCAAAACAAUGCAAUGAGACAAAUAUGGUAAAAUUAAAUGUUAAUAAAUUUAAGUAAAAAGAAUAACUAAAAUUCUUAGAUCCUGGCAAUACAUGUUACAGCCUCCUCUUCAACUAUGCUCAAGUUUAAAGCUAGCUACCAGUUUACCAAACAAUUAAAUGUUAGAUUAGUAGAAUAUAUGAGAAUAUGUAUUAUAUGUACAUAAAAUGAUGCUUAAAUAUUCACUUGUGUCAUAUGGCUUUAACAUUUUGUGUUUUGUUUAAUUCUGAUACUCGUGCCACCUGCAGGCCAUUAAUAUUAGAGGCACUGUUUGCAGAUGUUUUUUUUCUGGUGUUUUGUCUUUUUUUUCUUUAACAUGCUGUUUGUCGUGUGUUUCUGAGGUAUUUCCAUGUUAUACUUGCAUUACAUAUUAUUACCAAUCAUGAAAAAAUUAUAAAAAAUGUAACACUGCACCUGACAGGUCUCUGUCGGAUACCAAUUACUCAAAAAUGAAAUAUUAUUUAGCUUUUAACUGCAAAACACAUAUAACCUGCACAGUAAGCCCAAUAAACCAAGAUUAUGCAAAUAUAAUCAAAGAGCUCAAAUAAUACAUAAUCAUCCCAGUUCUCCUCCAUCUGCAGUUAAGAAAUGCUGUCUUUUGUUUAGAUCUUCUUCACCUCCACCUUCACCUUUAUUCUGUACAGCCAUUAGUAUCCCAUAAUCCAUUGUGCUGUCAGUAGUUUACGAGUGCAUUUAGGCCACCCCCACCAUUAUAUUAAGUCAGGAAAUAUCAUGUUAUUAUAUUUACAAGGUUUGCAAGGUAUGCAUGUUCAGAUGGCCCUCUAUCACAGGUCAAUACUACAUAUGACAUGAGCUGACAUAAACAAAAAGUCAGGAUGUAACUAAUGGAGGCCAGACAAAAACUACAAUGUUCUACUAUUAGUCUGUAUUAUGUUACUCAUCAUGGUGUGUUACAGAAAACUUUAAUUCAUAUAGCUAUACUUACCAUUAAGUUGGUAUAAUUAACCAGUUGUCCAUUUAGGUGAAGCAUUCCAACACUUAGUAUAAACACAGGCAAAGUCAAAGUUGUCCCUUUUUACUGGUGACGGUUUGGUUGUUCUGAACUGCAGCUCUGCAACUGGAUGGUGUGUGCUGUGCUUGGUUUCUGGGAGUCUGCAUGAACUUUACCGUAUCUUCCCUUUUUUUUUUUUUUUUAACUGGUGUCCUGAACUGUAUGUGAAAACCCAAAACCUGUUGUGACUUCAAAGAUUUCUGAAUGAUUAGGUGAGAUGAGAAACCCACUAAAAACCUGGGAGGAGCUGGGAACUCAUUUUAAUGUCCAAAUAAAUUUGAAAGCUUUAUUGCAUUUAGUUAGCGUACAAGGCGUUUGUGAUGAUGGUCUUUAAUUUGACAUGAAAUGUUCAAAAAACAACCAAACUACCAGAACAAUAAAUAUCAAUUGCCAAUGUUUUACUUUCUGAAAAACUCCUGGGCUCUUCAAUACCAUCUUCAGAGAGUGUACAGAAAAGUAAGGUGAGCCAAGGUAAAAGCUGGGAUAUCGUGGAACACUGUCAUAUGCUGCACAAAGACAUAGCCAUAAUUCUUGAAGUGACUUAGCACUGUGUAUGUUAAACAUCCCCUCUAAUGAGGAUUAAAAGAAAAUUUUCUCACA